AUGGCUCGUAAGCGUAAGGGGCAGUCCCUUAACGACUGCCCCAAGGAUCUUAAUGACAUCCCUUACAUCCGCUGGAUGAACCAGCAGAUCGCCAACGGUCGUCAUCCGAUUGGCUUAUCCGCGCCGCCCGCGCUUGACGGGCAGGGUUCUAGUGCACAGUCGCCCAGCGCGGGCCCGUCACGUGUGCGCCGUCAGCCUGCAAGGACAGCGGCAAUAGUGCGGCCCGUCGCGGAGCAAGAUGUCGACGACGAUGAUGAGGAGUACCGCGGCGACGCCGACGGCACCGAAGACGAGGAGGACGAGCCGGAAGACCUUGGGAUGUCGGACGACGACGACGGCGACGAUGACGACGCCGACGACAACGCGGAGGAGGAAGCGCAACCUGUGGCACAGCCGCCGAAACGGAGCGCCGCACGCGCUUCUGGCGCUGACAAAGGCAAAGGCAAGGCGGUUGCACCACCGCCACGCCAGGAGCCCCGGAAGAAGCGGUCGACUGCACCAGUCGAGAGGGGCUUAUGGUCGGACAAGGAAAGCACUAUCUUCGCCGCGGCGCGUUGGUUCACCAAAGACGAGCUCGAGCCUCUCAAGGGGAAGCAGGGGACGCAAUACUCGGUCCGCCUUCUCUCGCACAUCAAGGAGUCGAACCCGGGUUGGUGCAGGAAUGUCAACGCGUUGCAAAAGCAGUGGCGCAACUUGAUGCUGCUUUGGAAGGAGUACAAGCGUGGUGAUGGUGGUUCGGGCAACGGUUCUGUGGAGAAACCACCCUGGUGGCCGUAUCUUGAGCUGUACAACAAGGACACUGCCGCAGCCGCACCGCAUGCGGUGGACGGCGGCGGCGCCACUAACGUCAACGUGCAGGCCGGCAUGGAGGUUCCAAGUUCCUCUCAGCCCGGCACGUCGACACCGACCUUUACAGCACCGCCGCCGCAGACCACUGCAACACCCAAGCGCGCGCGGGUUCAUGAGACGGCUACUAUGCAAGCCGCCAAGCUUGUCUCCGCGACCAUCAAAGAUUGUCACGAUGACGCGAUGACGCGCAUUGAGGGUCUCGUCUGUGAAUGGAUGGCGCAGGACAUGCGCCUUGCCCGCGAACGCAUGACUGAAUCAGCUCCACCACAUGUGCACCGUGCGCCGACGGAUUUCAGCCCUCCACCGCCACGCGGGGAGUCCGCGCCACCUCCCGAUGCCGCUCAGCAGCGCGACGAUGGUGGCGACGUCAACACCGUCACUCCGGGUGAUGAUGAUGUGGAGAUAUGGGUGCGCGGCGCCGACGAUUAG